CUCCAAAGCUGUUCGACGGCCUUGAUGUACUUACGAAAUACUACCUACCUAGGUAGUUUGAAUGGCCGAUGGAGAACAUCUGAGAAGGUAUAGUUCCCUGUUCUACUAUUCAAUUUUAUUGUUUUCUGAGCCCUGGUUGUGAUAUAUGAUGUUAAAUGGAGUGUUAGGAGAAGCUUUAACUACCCAAGUAUUCACAUACCUACUUCUCCGCUCUAUUUCCACGUACCGCCAAGCUUGAUCACGCUCUCAUAAGUAAACCUCAAGCAUUCAGGGGGUCACUCAUCACACCGAAAGCUGAUGAGGUCCUCAUCUUCAUUCUUCUUCAAGGUACUGCCUCACACUAGAGAUAGGCCAAAUGGAAGACUCGGGAGCCGGUACACCAGAUGGAGGAGACACGUCCUCGUCAGAGCCCCCUCACGGUGGAGAUCAGCACCCUGAGGUCGUUGUUAUCUCUGAACACGGCGACGUCGUGCUAGACGUCACCUUCCAGAAUUCAAAAGAUACGAUCCGUGCAGCCCGGAAGGCGGUACCGGUCAGGCCUACGGGUCGCACCGAUCCGCAGCCGCAGCAGCCCGUGCCGAAAGCGCGGGUGCGUCUUGCCUUCCGUGUGGAUCUUGCCGUGCUCAGGGGGCAGUCGAAGUACUUCGACAAGCUCCUCGGCGACGCACACUUCAAGGAAGCGAAGGAUAUCGCUGAUGCGUUCGCGGCACUGUCGCUGAAGAAGGUGCAGCCCAGGGACGCGGACGCGAAGGACCUCCCGUGGAUCUCGAUCCAUGAUGACGACGAGGCGACGUCGUACGCCUACCGGGAGAUGGUGUUCGCUGAUCUCCUGCGGAUUUUGCACGGGCAGGAUGCGAAGACGGGCCAAGCGCAGAUCACCAUGUCGUUCGUGACGACGCUGGCUGUCCUCGCCGACCGCUUCGACUGCGCCGCUGCCGUGUCCAAAUACGUGGCUACUGGGCUCAAAUUUAAGUGGCCAGUCACGAAUCGCGGUAAGCUAUCCAGUGCCCGAGACGAUAGUGGCGGUGCCAGUUUCAGUGGCAUGAGCCGCACGAACGAGAAUGUCCUGCGGCAGAAAAUCCUCGUUUCCUGGCUCUUGAACCAACCCGGUAAGUUCCAGGCUGCGACAAGAGAGUUGAUUAUGAACGGCUCCUGUCAGUGGAGCUCCUUUGGGGAGCAAGAAGACGAAUCGACCAGUGCUACUUGGUGGUACUUGCAGGACGGACUCGAGCAAGAACUCCAAUACAGACGCAAUAGCGUCUUGAACACCCUAGCCUCGGUACCGCGGCACUUCCUCAUGCUAUACACAUCAUCGCGCAGCGCGCGACAGUGCAAGCUAGGCUACGACUCGAGCGUGGCGUGCGACUCGUAUCAGCUCGGCGAGAUGUUCAAGUUCCUCGCGAACAAAGGGCUACUAUUCCUUGUAGACUUUUCCCCCGGUUCCCUCGACGUCAUUGCCGACACAGCGCUGCUCCCAGUAGAUCACAUUCUCUCUACCCUGCGGCAGUGUCCGGCUUACCAGAUCGACAAAAACCAUACCAAUUGCGGCCUGCGUACCCGGUUGCUUCCCAUCCUCGACUUCAUCCAGGCUCUGCUAUCUGCUAACUCCAUCCCUAUAUCCCGGGCUGCGUGGAAGAACGGCAGGGCCGCACACGCGUGGAUGCCCGCAGAUGUGGAUGGGAAAGCGGAUGGGGUUGAAAAGCCAUUUCGGUUCACGAGGGCGCUGGCGGCGGAUCAGAGGUUAAGAUUUGAGAACGCUAUGGGUGCGGAUAAGUUUGCUCGGGAUGUGUUUACGGCCACAAGCUGGGACUGGACGGCUGAGGAACAGGGACAGGACCAUGUAUCUACGACGCCUAGAUGGUCUUUUAGAUGAUAAGUCGAACUUGGCUAGACAAAUUGCCGCUGUAGAAAAUGGGAAUAUCAUAAAACUGUAUAUAUAUAUAGCAAUCCAAGCUACAGGAAAGCCAAUGGCGAAUAAGAAGGAUUAGUCAAAAAAAAAUGCACAGGAAGAAUAUAUUAUUUCUUCAACAAAU